UUUUUUAGACCACAAAAAGAAAAUCCAAAACCUACACUAUUUGAAUAAUUAUUCAAAAAUUUAUGAAAAUAUUUAUUUCAAACCUAUCUAUACAGUAUAAACUUUUUAUGUCCAUGUUUAAUUACAUUUUAAUUCUUUCUUCCUUUCUUUCUUUCUUUCUUUCUAUUUUAUUCUUUUUUCUGUUUUUUAUUUCUAUUUCUUUUAAUUUCUCUAUUAAUUUUUCUAUUAAUUUUUCUAUUAAUUUCUCUAUUACUUUCAUCACUUCCAUUACACUUUAGUUUUCUAUUUUACUUUUUAUCUCUGCUAUUUUACUUUU